CCAUCGCUUGGAGGACAAGAGUGCCCGCAGACGCAUUUCUCUCCAGAGCCCCCCCUCUCCCUCUUUCACUCUCUCUCACCCUGUCUAACUCUCUCCAUCUCUGUCCUUUACACACACACACACACACACACACAGUAUUGUCAACAAAGCUGGAGAACAAGGGACGUUGGGGGAAGCAGGGGAAUAAAGGUCCACAGAAGAGGAGAGUAACACACAGGACCCCUCCACCAUUUCACCUGGACACUCGAGAGAGGGAGCUGAGGAUUGAAGGAGGAAGAGAGGAGCCAAAGGUGACAGUAAACAGGGACGGACACGCACAGGACAGGACUCCUUCACUUCUCUUCAUGGUGUUUUGGACACUCUUGGCAUGUAUGAGAAGUUAACCAUGCUGAACCUGCAGAGCGGCUCUAACUGGAGUGGGCCUAACAACUGGUAUCAUGACCCCACCGGAGUUCAGACACAACACAGCACAGUGUCUGAGGGCUGUCUGCUGGACACGGAAGGGAGCAUGGGGGGAGAGGCAGGGGGAGGAGGAGCGGGCCGAGGGGGAGGUGUCCCCGUGGAGCGGGACGAGGGCGAAGAGUCUCAGCUGAGGCUGCAGCUCAAGAGGAAGCUGCAGAGGAACCGGACCAGCUUCACACAGGAGCAGAUCGAGGCUCUGGAGAAAGGUCAGGCCAUGCAAGCACGCACAGCACCCGCUCCUCGCUUUGCAGCCAAUCGCUGGCCUCCAGAGUCAUGUGUCGUGACGCAGCUUUUUGAGUUUGAAAGGACACAUUACCCAGAUGUCUUUGCGAGGGAGAGAUUGGCGAACAAGAUCGAUUUGCCAGAGGCAAGGAUACAGGUGUGGUUCUCAAAUCGGAGAGCCAAGUGGAGGAGGGAGGAGAAGCUGCGCAACCAAAGGAGGUCAGGGGGUGUGACUUCCUGUUCACAGAGUCAAGCACCUCUGACCACUUCCUUCAACACAUCCGUCUAUCAUCAGCAGCACGGCAGCAGUUCAGGGUCCAUGUUGAGUCAGGCUGAGUCGUCCCUGCCCAGCUACAGCUCCCUGUCAGUUUUCUCAUCUGGAGUCCAGUCUAUUUCUCCCCAGUCGGCCUCUUCCUACUCCUGCAUGUUACCUCCAUCCCCCUCUGCCCCGCGCAGCUUUGACUCAUCGGCGUACUCCUCCCCUCAUCUGCAGACUCCACCCUCGACUAACUCCAACACUGGGCUCAUAUCGCCUGGCAUUUCAGUGCCGGUCCAGGUCCCAGGAACUGAGCAGCAGAGCAUGAGUCAGAACCUGGGUCAGUACUGGGCCAGAUUACAGUGAGCAACAGACAUAGCAAAAGAAGAAGGAAAAAAAGGGCAUGUACAAAAAAAAAGGAAGAAAACAAUAUGGGGUUUUAAAGGAGCACAGGUCUGAGUUGAAGGGGGGUCUCGAUGAGUUGCAGACCCCAAAAAUGCAUUUAAUGUUUACAAAUUCAGCCAAGAGCAGCUUUGGUUGCACUUGACAGGACUCUGGUCAUACUGGUAUUUGCUUAGUAUUAUCAGGUUGCACAUUGUUUUUGAUUAGCAUGUCAAUCAUAGCAGAAGAGUGAUAAGUAACAAGUGCUCUUUUUGGAAUUAUUUUUUUUAGAGAAAUACAUUUGGACCCUUCAAUGGUUUUGGCACAUUUUGUGAUGUCAAACAUUUUGGCUUUUUACAAAUUAACACACACAAAAAAAAUCAGGGACAAAGAGUGGACACCUGCCUCAAUCUAUAAAUGCACCAUGAGAUGUGGAUAGAAGCUAAGAAAAGUCCGUGUCUGGCCUUUUGUGCUUAGCUUAUGUGGUAGAAAACUGCUUCAAGGUUUGAAUUAUCAAAGUUCAUUUAGAAAAGUAAAAAAAAACUGUAGCCUUGAACUUUUUAAAUGAUUAAAAGUGACACAUGGCUUGGUUCAGAUAAGAUUCAGUGGUACUAAGAUUCAGUGGUACUAAGUAAAUGCCAGCAGAUUUCUGUGUUGUGAGGUGUAACCACAGUUUCUUGUUACUUGAGCAGCUUAAUGAUAAUAGUGAUAGCAAGCUUGUUCCCUAAUCAUAAGCUGUGUGAAGCUGCUGUGAAGAUUUUAGACUUGCUUAUGGCAAUCACUUUUACUAGAACUUAAAAACUUACCAUGAGAAAUACUGCCAGCAAGGUUACACUGAGACUCAGACUGCAUAUUUUUGUACAGACAUCUGUGUAGGAUGAACAUAACUGGAAUAUUGUCAGAUAUUAUUAGAGGGAAGAAUGUAGCAUGCUGUGGACUCAGACCAUCCUCAAAGCACAAGUUUCAUUUGUCAUCAAGGAUUAAUAGGGAUGCACCAUAUCCCUGUCAGAUAUUGUCUGAUACUAGGCCAAACAUUAAAAAAAAAAAAAUUUAGAUCAUGUACAGGUGUUACAGAUUUUUGCCAAAAACUACUGUAAAGCAAUUUAAUUUUUAUUAAUUUCAUAUAUAUGAGGAUGUCUGGUUUUUUAUCCAACGUAUGAAAAACCAAUUGUCUCAAUUAGAGACCUUUUUGGCGUAAUACUUAUCAUCAAGCGUACCAGUAUUAGAAGUGAUUUUAUACAUCACUUGUGAAACAUAUCCAUCAGCCAGUGACAAUCAAGCAUCACAACACACAAAACAAAACAAAACUUGAGAGACUGACAAUCAAAGCUGGAGGUAGAGGAGAUCAACAUGUUAAAAAAUAAACUGUGAAAUUAUUGCCACACUGUUCAUACAAUAGCAAGGACUUUAUCAACUGUGCAUGACCAAAACAAGCCGCUAUAGACAAUCAGCUACUUGCAGAAAUGAAUCAAGUAUUGUACAAAAACUAUUACUGUAAUUUUCAGGGUUUUAACCCCUGCUCACUUUCCUCUGACUGUUUUGUUGAUGCAUCUCAGUUUGAUCUCAUAUGAAAUGUCUUUCAACUCUUAUUUAUUUGUGUUUUCACUCGUUCACAUAAGUCCUCCGUGUUGUUUUCGGUUGUCGUUGCGUGUUGUAUUAGCAUUGUAUAGCUACCAAGAGUCAACCCUUUUGUGAAGGCCUUGGAUCCCUUUGAUGAAAAUAAAGCUGUGUGUAAUGGAAAUAAACCCAAAGGUCUUGA